AUGGAUCCUCAACAGCCGCAGCCGCAGCGUCCUUACCUCGCCGCCGGCAAUAACCCUACCCUCCUAACCAAUCCGUCGCGCACCGCCAACAGCACUCCGAUGUCGUCGCCGGGCCUCUUUAGCCCUUCGAAUCCACGCCAAACCGCUUUCCCACCCCAUGCGGCCUCUGAAGCCUCCACACCGGCGCCUGUCCUGAGCAGUCCCUAUUUACACCCUCUGCAGAACCAUCGGGUCAGAGAAACACAUAAGGCCCUCGUAGAUCUUGAUCUGAUGACCGGCCGCAAGAUUAUCAACCAAUACGAGGUCAUCGAAGAGCUCGGUCGUGGUGUGCAUGGAAAGGUGAAGCUGGCACGAAAUCUCGAGACCGGCGACAAUGUUGCCAUCAAGAUCAUUCCCCGAUUUUCCAAGAAGCGCCGCUUGGGAAAAGUUACCGCAUCACCCCAAGACAAGACCAAGAGAGAAAUCGCCAUCCUGAAGAAAAUUCGCCACCCCAACGUCGUCGCCCUGCUCGAGGUCAUUGAUGACCCGGAACUUAAGAAGAUUUAUAUGGUCCUGGAACAUGUCGAGCUUGGCGAAGUUGUCUGGCGGAAGAAGGGUCUCCCGACAAUCUGCAACAUUGAGAGGAGAAGGGUCGAGACAGAGAUGCACGGCGAAUUGAGCACCGAAGAAGAAGAGCGCUACGUCGAAUUGCUCGAAAGACGGCAAGCGCUCAAUGAGCUCAAGAGGGCCAAGAUGCAGGAAACCCAGAAGGGGCCCGAUGACUUUUGGAGUAUCGAGUAUGGUGCUGCUAACGAGGAUGAGGCAGAGGCUAUUGCCCGUUCUCUUGGACGAGAUACCUACUCGGAGGCUCAUGCGGCUAGAAUGGCCCCUUCGUCUUCCCGGCCCGCGUCGAGGGCGCCUUCAAUCUCUCGCUCUCAUGGCCCGUCUGCCAUGUCAGCUUCGCGCGCGAGUACGCCGCUGCCUUCCGAAUUUGACAUCUCGUCUGUCGGUGUCGAUGCCGAUAACGAUGCUGGGAGCGAAAUUGAGACACCAGGGCCUUUAUACUCCCAAACUGGAUCCUCGACUGCUCUUGAGGGUACCAUGUAUGGCGCUUAUUCCGAUGAUCCCAUGUUACGUGGCAGAUCUCCCAGCAUGGCCGAUUCCAUCAUCUCUCACAUGUCUUCCGUCGAUUACAACACUCAGCCUCACGAUCCCUUCGCCGACGACUUUUCGUACGUGCCUUGUUUCACAAUCGACCACGCUCGCGCUACCUUCCGAGACACCGUCCUUGGCCUGGAAUACUUACACUAUGAGGGCGUGGUGCACCGUGACAUCAAACCCGCCAAUCUGUUAUGGUCUAGAGAUCAGAGAGUCAAGAUCUCCGACUUUGGCGUAUCGUAUUUCGGCCGACCUAUCCGUGAAGGCGAACCGGACGAUCUCGUAUCGGAAUCCGAGGCGCGCGACUUUGAUGACGAUCUUGAGCUAGCCAAGACUGUUGGUACGCCUGCGUUUUUCGCGCCAGAAUUGUGCUACACGGACCUGGACGAGGAACAACCCAAGAUCUCUGAGCAGAUUGAUGUUUGGUCCCUCGGUGUAACGCUUUACUGCCUGAUAUUCGCCCGCAUACCGUUCAUGGCCGAGGACGAGUUCCAGAUGUUCAAGAAGAUUGCCAAGGAAGAAAUAUACAUACCGCGCCGUCGCCUCAAACCCGUCGACCCUCAUCAUUUCCCCGCAUCCACGUCCUUAUACAAACGUGUCAGCGGCGAGCCGUACCGCGACGAUAAUACUCUAGCCUACGAAGAAGUUGAUGAUCUACUAUAUGACCUUCUACGUAGAAUGCUCACCAAGAAUCCGGAAAAAAGGAUCAGGCUCAGAGAAGUCAAGCGCCACCCCUGGGUUGUGAUUGGCAUCCAGAAUCUCAUAUCCUGGAUUGACGAGACGGACCCUUCGCAUCGCACUGCGGGUCGCAAGAUUGAGGUCGACGAACGAGAGAUCACUCGCGCGGUUGUCCCGCUGACAUUUCUGGAGAGAGCCCGAUCAGCUGUCAAGAAGGCGGUGGGCAAGGUGAUACACCGCACAGACAAGGGCGAGAGUCAGACACGAAGGCGGGCAACAAGUAGUGCUGCCAGCUCCGCCGGGGACCUGUCAAAUAUGGCAUCGACGCCACAGUCACGAGAUACUCGCCGGAAGAGUUUACGUGGCGAUGAUUAUUUUGCCACUGUCAAGGAAAGCGAUCAUCCCCUGUCGCACAGCGUGAGCGUGACACCCCAGGAAUCUCCGACUGAAGAAGGGCCGUGUCCCAGUCAGCAGGACCCGACUUUGGUAGGCGGAGAUUCCAGACAAGUUGCCAAGGGCUCGACCAGCGAUUUUAACGUAUUGCCAGAUCUAGGAGCUCCGCCCUCUACAUCCACAUCUCUGUCGUCUACCCAGGAUUUUCAAAGCUACCGCUACGAAUGGAAAAGGUCUUCCGUCAACGACAACACGUUCCUCCCUCUGGCAACUGCGAGGCAGAGUGUGCCUGCGACUCCCGCAGGUCAAACUUCAAUCGGCCAGAUUGCCUCUUUGAGAAAGGCUCGGGACAUGCGAUCCAAAGAUGACUCAUCCCGCUCACGAUCAGUAGACCGUGGCCUGUUCGCAAGCGUCGACAAACGAGCAGAAGCAAAAGUUGCCUUAAGUACUGCUGUCGCACCAGGUAAUUUCGAGCGACCCAAACGUACACUAUCUGUUCAUCCUCCGGGAGCAAGCCGACCCAAAGCACUUCAGUCUUAUCGACAUGGCCAACCCAAUUUAGAUCCAAGUUCCGACCAAAUUCACUUCGGCGCUGUCGAUAUCGAACAACGACCCAUGACUGCCCAUCGGACUUUCGACGGAGAAGGACAGACGCCGUCACCGAGGGUCUUGAAUUCUUCCACCCCAGCGUCAUUCGGUAGAGCCCGUGCGCAAAUGGUCCGUCGGCAAGAACGCGAAAUCGAGGAGCAAGGAAGGCGUGACGAGUUUGUCCCGUCCCGCAGAGGCAUCGCUUCUGAUUACGCGUCGUGUCCUACCUCUCCCUCUCACGACUACCACAUAGCAAUGCCAAAGCCUCAAUUAAGUUUAAGGGGCGACACUGUGGGCACUGCAACGACGUUCACGUCUGCCUCCAGCGACGCAAUUUCCACUCCGUUGACAAGUCCGAGCGAGGUGACCAGCCCUAUCAACAUAGUGAAAUCACCAGGACAAAACGACGAAUCACACACCUACCCAUCAAACCCUUCGCUCCCCGCUCUUCUCAGUGGUGCUAGCUCCGUUUCCGCUGAUACCGAGGGGGAUUUUCUACUGAGGCCUGGAUCCGUUAAUCGCCCGUCUCUUAUCGACACGACAGAGUCUUUGACCCCUCCUGCUUUGACGAAAGAGCCUAUUGAAGGGUUUCCUUUGGCCGACGAAGAGCACUACCCAACGCUGCUGCUCUCUCGGGCUACCCAUGGUCUUGGCACGGCUUCUCUUUUGUCUUCGAAGGCAGUGGAAGAUGACGAGGAAGAUAGCGAUAGCGACGAGGGCCUUACCAUGGCAAAGUCCAGGAAGAAGAGUGGCGUCAAACAGUAUAUGAGCUCGCCAAUCGGCAAGCCGAUGACCAAGGCCAGAAGACGCGACACGCAGACCAGUAUUGGUAGCCAAGAAACUGCCAAGAAGGUUCUCAUGCAGAGCCGGUGA